UUUUUGGGGUUACAAAUAGUAAGAAGGUCCAAUCGUUUGCUGAGAAAUUAGCAGAAUUGGAUGUGAUGGUGAGAAGAUUGGUGAUGGAAAGCUAUGGGAUAGAAAAAUACAUUGAUGAACAUUUAGAUUCAACGAAUUAUCGUCUGCGACUGAUGAAGUAUAUAGCACCACCUGAAGAUGGUGGUAAUGCUACUGUUGGUGCCAAUAAGGAUGAUGGGGCUAAAGAUAAUGCAGAUGGUGAUGCUAAUGCUAAGGCUGAUGGUACUAGUAUUGGUGUUAAUGUCGAUGUUGUUCAUGAUGUUCAUGACAAUGCUAGUGAUCAUAAUGUUGAUGUUGGUGUUAGUGUCGAUUUAAUUGUUGCUGCCACUGAUGGUAUUAAAAUUAAUGGUGAUGCUAAUGUUGAUGCCAGUGAUGGUGUUAAUGCUAACGUUGAUGCUGGUGUUGUUGUUGAUGGUGAUGUUGACGCUAAUACUGGUAUUGGUAUAAGUGAUGGUGUUGACACGAAUGUUGAUGCUGAGGAGGCGAAGUUAGGCUUACCUUGUCAUACUGAUAAAAGCCUUCUCACAAUACUUUACCAGCAUCAAAUUGAAGGUUUGGAGGUGAAGACCAAAGAUGAUAAGUGGAUUAGAGUCAAACCAGCUCCUGAUACUCUCAUUGUUAUGGCGGGAGAUUCUCUAUGUGUAAGUUUUAAUUUUUCUUUAUUUUACUUGGCAAGUAAAAAUAUUUACACUCUUUCUUAUUCAUAAUUCAGUACUAUAGUAUAAUCUGACCAUGUGGCUCUGCAGACGUAUGGUCCUGAAAAGUAGAUCCGAGGGUAUAACUUAUGUGGAUCUAUAUCUUAAACAGUACUUUAGUCCUUUUAUGCCCUAAUAAUAAAUCAAAUAAAAAACAAAUUAAAUAUUAUUUUUCUUACCUUUAUAUUUCAAAGAAAGCAAUAAUAGGUCUUCUGAAUUAUUAUAUGAUUUUUAAGAAAUCAAUCCAUGCAGUAUUUAAAUAUAUAGUUAUGAACUAAUGAUAUUCAGUUUCUAACUAUCAUCACUACAAGAAAAGUUCACAUUGAUAGCAGUAGAUUAUA